GCACACAAAUUUGAAAAAGGGGAAAUUUUGAAGGCGUUCAAUGAAUAGUGUCUACACCGGCAACGAACAUUGAACAACAGGAGAGCGAAGACCACAUAGCCGCUAGCCAGAGUGUAUCCGCCAGCCUGCCUGAAUUCUGUUGUCCUCCGACCUGUCUGAAGGCAUUCGUUUUGUUUCAGUCUUUGCUAAACUCAGAGGCAACGACCAUGGCAGCGUCUUCCUUAACGACAUCUUCUAUCCUCUUCACGAGAAGCACAACUGCCGGAAAAUCGUGUACUUCGUAUGCCUCCUCGUCUUCUUUUGCUCAGAUCAAAAUCAAUUCCGUUCCGCGGAAAUUUCAUAUCAGGGCAACAACUUCGCCUGCACCUACCGUUUCGCCGACUGCGACCACCUCCGUUGAGGUCGAUGCAUCUCCACCCUCAGCCACUCCUUCCAAACCCUUACCCUUUCGGGUUGGUCAUGGAUUCGAUCUCCAUCGGCUAGAGCCUGGUUACCCCUUAAUUAUCGGGGGAAUUAACGUGCCUCACGAAAGAGGGUGCGAGGCUCAUUCUGAUGGAGAUGUGCUGCUUCACUGUGUGGUCGAUGCGAUCUUGGGGGCUCUUGGUCUGCCUGAUAUAGGGCAGAUAUUUCCGGACUCAGAUCCGAAGUGGAAGGGUUGUGACUCCUCUGUCUUCAUCAAAGAAUCUGUGAGACUUAUGCAUGAAGCAGGUUACGAGAUUGGAAAUUUGGACGCAACAUUGAUACUUCAAAGACCAAAACUAAGCCCACACAAAGAGGCCAUCAAGGCCAACUUAUCUGCGCUGCUUGGAGCUGAUCCUUCUGUGGUAAAUAUCAAAGCGAAGACUCAUGAAAAAGUUGACAGCCUUGGCGAGAAUAGAAGCAUAGCAGCUCACACAGUGGUCCUUCUGAUGAAGAAGUAAAAGAAGCUGGAAAUAGUAUUGGAAGGAAAAUAAGAGUUCAUACUUAAUAAACAUUGUUAUGAAAUCUAUGAAUCGUUGCUUGAUUAGGAUUUUUGGUUUUACUGCUUAUACAGAUCAAAUCGCCAGGCCUGCAUAAUAUUUGGUUUGAAUGACUGGUUCUGUCCUUCUCAUGACAUGCGUGAAGAAUGAAUGAUUUUUUUUUUCCGGUACAA